CUAGCGCGAAAAAGAAGGAUAUCGAAGAGGCCCAUCCGCACCCGAACGCGUCCAAAUAUAAACUAGUAAACUACUUUAACAACAUCAAGUACAAUUUGUCCCUUAGGAGAUAUUUUAAGAUGCUUGUCACGGUCUCCAUUUUUAACUACCUACCUCUGAACCUGCGCAACUUAUCGAACACAGCCUAUAUGUGCGGCAAACGUUUUAACCUUAAAGAUGUGGAGUCGUUUAAGCUUUUUUUAAUUUUGUGCAAAUCGAAGGUGCUCUUCACGUACAGGUCGAAUUUCCGCUUAAAGAUUAGCGAUAGAAAUUGCUUCUCCAGUAAGACCUUCUCCAGCGGGAGCUUCUCCAGCCGCAGCAGUGCAGAGAUGGCCCCUUCGAACCGUAACAACGAACCACUCACCAGCAGCACAAACAGCGGAGGGGCACACUCCAACAACCUAGGCGAAGUGGCACACUCCAACAACCUAGGCGAAGUGGCACACUCCAACAACCUAUUCGAUGUGGCACACUCCAACAACCUAUGCGAAGUGGCAGAGCGAACGAAGGAUCACGAAAAAGGAAAAGACCAAAGGGGAAAGAAAAAAAAGACCAACAGGAAAAAGAGGAAGAGAAAGUACUACAAAGAAAGAGUCAUCAAUUUUACAGACCUCCCUGAACAUUUUUUGAAAAAAAUAUGCUUUGACGAAAUGGAAUAUUUCUACAUCAAUUUUGACAGUUCUUCCAAAUCGAUUCGUGCAUCCCAUUUCAACAGAAACAAUUACAAGUACACGAAUGGUAAUCCAUUUGAUCAGAAAAAAGACUCAUGUGGAACCGUUUCGGAGGUCGAAAAUAAUAGGGACACCUCUUUCGAUAGUACAAACGAUAGCAACAAAAGUGUUUAUUUCUUAGAAAACUAUGGAAGUAAUUCCGAUGUUAAUAGAACAAAUGGGGGGAAGAGCAGUGGGGACUCCCUCAACUGUGAUGAAGAAGCGGAUAACCACAGCAACACGGGAAUAUCCACCAUGAAUGACACCCUCCUUGUAGUUAAGCAGCUGGAGGGGAAAAGCCCCAGUGCGUACAAAUAUUUGCCAAAUGGCUCAUCGGGUGAAGACUCCAAAAUGGUAGCAAAGAACGAAAGAGCAGUAGGGCGCGAUAGUGUUAGCAACAAAAUGAACGAAAAGCAACAAGACAAAAAAUUGAAAAACUCCCAUUUGGAGAGGGAGAACAUCCCUCUUGUGCACACCCAAGUUAGCAAAAAUAAAUAUGACAAAUUUACAAAGAGGAAAAGAACCAAAUAUACCAAAGGAGACGACACAAUAUCGAUAUACAUGAGCGAUACCGGAUGGGGGUGCAUGAUACGGGUCGUCCAAAUGGUGCUAGCGAACAUACUAAUCAAGUACAAAGUCUCCAAAAAAUAUGCCUUCUUUCACAAUAUGAGCGAUUACACAUUUUAUAGAAAUUAUCUCAAAAAAUCGUCAAAUGAGCAGCAGGUGGGGGAUGGAGAAGGACCCAUUAUUAGCAAAGGUGAGGGAAAUAUAAAUGCCUCUAACGUAAGUUGCCACGUUGAAAAAAUGGCUGCACGAAAUUGCUGCGAUGAAAAGAUGAAAGAGGCCGAUUAUUUUAUAACGGACGGAAAAUCAGACGCACCUUACUGCUAUGAUAACAACUCCACGAAUUACGAAAUGUUUCUGAGAAGCGGUGGGGAAAGCACCCCCCAGAUGAGCAUCGACAGUGCGGACGAAGUAAAGGCCGACGCAGUGCAAAACCCACGCAUGAGUGCCGUUCGACACGUGAACGUGAACAACUCGCUGGCAUACUCUGUGCUGCUGCAGUUUAGAGACAUGGAAAGCGCCAAGUACUCCAUUCAGAAUAUCAUUUACGAAACCAUGAAGUACAAAAAAGUUAGCCAAAAAAACAUGGAGCAUUUUGUGCAUGAGUGGCUAGGUCCCACCAGCAGCGCAAUUGUCAUAUCCAACCUCAUUAACAGAAAGAAGGUCCGCUUUGUGAAAAAAAGAAAAAACAAAAUUCCGCUAAAUCGUGGAAGGCACUUAACAAGGGGUGAUCACUUCCUUCACAAAAGUGAGCCUAUCGAGGGGAGAGAGAUUGCCCCUGCGGAUCGAGUCACCAACAAAAAGGAAUAUUUUUUUGUAAAGCGCAAAAAAAGACAUGCCUUUUUCUCAGUAGCCUUUGACACGGGCGUAAUGUACAACAAUCAAGUAUUAAAAUUUUUUCAAAUUAAGGAGAAAAUAUUAGUCAUUAUAUGGGUGUGCCUAAAACUAGGGACUGAUUCUUUUAACAUAGUGAAAUAUAAACAGUCCCUACUCUCCUGCUUUGGCCUAAAACAGUUCCAAGGUAUAAGUAGUGGCAAUGCGCAUACCAGUGCUCACUACUUUUAUGCGGCAAAUGAAAACGGCCUGUUUUACCUGGACCCUCAUAUAAAAUGCCAAAGGGCCUUCACAGACUUAAAUGAAAAUUACGAUACAGAAUUUUUCACACAGAAGAUAAAGUUUCUUCCCUGGGAAUAUUUGAAUUCCUCUUUGUCGAUGAUAUUCGUCGUGGACUGUAAGGAAGACUAUUUCAAUUUAACCCAAAAUUUGAAACUUAUCGAUCCAAGCAUAUUUGAAGUUUACGAUGAGGAGCCACAGUACACCUUCAGGAGUGAAUUAAACUACGACACGGAUGAUUCGGGACUGGUUCUUUUGU